AUGGCGCCGCAAGGUUUCACCAAUCGCAUUGAGAAGGUGGCUAUUGUAGGGGCCGGGGGACAAUUUGGAAGGUACUUGACGGAAGCGUUGUUGAAGACUGGCAAACACGUAGUGACAGCUAUUACGCGUACCAAAAGCACCAACAGCUUACCGGAAGGUGUACGUGUUGAGCGUGUGGAUUACAGUGGAGAUGACUUGGAGGCCCUUAUUGACGCCCUCCGCGGCCAGCAAGUACUGAUCAUCACCAUGGCAGUCACAGCACCACGGGACACUGUAAGCAAGCUUGUGCGUGCUGCGGCCAAUGCUGGCGUUGCUUAUGUUAUGCCCAACUGGUUCGGUCACGACGCAGCGAACAAGAAGCUAUGCGAUGACUCUAUGCUCUCACCUUCUGGUGAGGCCAUCCACGCUGAGAUUGAGACUCUCGGUGUGAGCGCAAACAUCCGACUCGUGUGCAACUUCUGGUACGAAUUCAGUCUUGGCGGCGGUCCAGAUCGUUUUGGCUUUGACUUCACGAAGCGAUCUUUUAUCAUGUUCGACGAGGGCAAUGUUCCUUUCAACGUCAGCACCUGGGCUCAGUGUGCUCGGGCAGUUGCGAAUCUAUUCAGCUUCAAACAACUUCCUGAAGACGAAUCGGACAAGUCGCCUGCUUUAUCACAGUUUAGUAGUCGCCCCGUCUACAUCUCGAGUUUUCGACUGAGCCAGAUGGAGAUGUUUGAGGCUGUCAAGCGCGUGACCAGAACUUCGAACGAUGACUGGACUAUUACGCAUGAAUCUUCCGAGGAACGCUGGAAAGAUAGUUUUGCGGCAGUCAUGAAGGGAAAUUUCGGGCAAUUCACCAAGAUGCUGUACAGUCGAAUGUAUUUUCCUAACGGAGGGGGCGAUUAUGAACCUCUAGACAACAACUCGUUGUCUCUUCCUGUUGAAGACUUGGACCAGUAUACCGCUAUUGGCGUGCGCAUGGGAGAGAAUGGCGAGGUAGCCCAAUCUCAUUGA